AUGAAGAGUUAAUUGACCAAGAUCAAAAAGAUAAAUACUGAAGCGAGGAUAAUUGGCUUAGAUAUUGGCAGAAAAUAUAUCGGAGUUGCUGUAUCAGACAAGUAAAUCCAAACAUGCAAGCCAUAUAAAACAUUUCAAAUGGAUCCUUAAUUCUUGAGGAAUUAUGAUUUCAGCAAUAAUUCAGGUUUUUUCAUUUUGCUGAAGCAUUUAAUUGAUAAAAAGCAUGUCAAAGGAAUAGUCGCUGGGUAUCCUCUUCACAAUAAGAACUAGUUCAGCACUCACUGCAUAUUUAUUGAGAAAUUUAUAGAGCAUAUGUGGACUCAUGAAAAGAUAAGGGUGCCUGUCACACUAGUUAAUGAAUAUGGUACAUCACUUGAAGCUAAGGCUCGUGUUGCAGAAUUGGUUUAGGGCAAGAUCCUUGGAACUGGUACAUCAGCCACCAAGAACAUUCUUGAAGAGAAGUUGAAUGAUAUCAAAUUGCUUCAGGCUAAAUAGGACCAUCAACUAAUAACUAACCAAUUGAUGAGUUCGACUUUUGCGAGCAGCUAAGUAUCUAAUGUUCAAGAUCUUACAGCCAAUUUAGAGCCAGAGGUAAUGCUGAGAAAAGGUAUUUAUGAUAAAAUUGCAGCUCAACUCAUACUGCAAUAAUUUAUAGACAUAUAUAACAAGAAGGAAGAUAAAGCUGUAAGUGAAAAGACUGCCAAUAAAAUUUGA